AUGUGCGAGUAAGCGAAAACAUUGAUGGCUACCUUUCGAAACACAACCAAAUGCAAGUGACAAGUCGACAUUCUCGCCCACACAGCUCUUCCAACCUCUAAUGUAGCAACAUGGAACAUCAUCAGAACCCUGAUGCCUGCAUGGCUGCUGUCUGGUUCUUGUCAUGAUCAUUCAGCUAAAUGUGUCUGAACAUCCGCUGCUGGUGAAGGAUGAGGCCACCUCGAUGGAGGGAGGCAAUCCAGGCUACUCCACACGGCAUCCAGUCAGGAAUGGAGGAGGAACUCAUGGGGAGGAGGAACAGGUUCACUCCUUGGGCAGCAAAUCAAACAAUAUGGCUCCUGGAGUGGCUCAGUCUCCUGGAACCGGGCACUUCCACCACCUGUCUUCCCAACACUUGCCACUCUGCCUCACAACCAAGGAUCUUCCACCCUCACUUCCUGUCUACUGUGGGUCAUGCACACAACAUGAUGUCAUCAUCUCCCAGGAUGGACUGCAGCCUGGAAUCAUCACAUCCUGCUCAAUGCCACUGGCCAUGCCACCUAUUAAUGAACCAGUGAUGAUGACGUCAGUGAUUGGUCCAUCAAGUGUCCCCCUCCCGCCUCUAGUUGACCUCUCAUCAAUGAAGUUGCAGUUAUCUCCCCCCUGACAAGGAGCAGAUGUCACCACCAGGUGGAACCGAGUGGGAGUGUAGAUGGAUGCAGUGCGAGCGUCGGUUCUCUGCUCUGGAUGACCUGGUCAAUCACGUCAAUGACCAACAUGUAAAGGUGGAGCGCCCAGACAUUGACUACCAGUGUAAAUGGACGGGAUGUCCCAGGCAGGGGAAGGGCUUCAAUGCAAGAUACAAGAUGCUGAUACACAUUCGGACUCACACCAAUGAGAAGCCUCAUCGAUGUGGUCUGUGUGGCAAGUGCUUCUCACGCCUGGAAAACCUCAAGAUUCAUAACCGAUCUCACACAGGAGAGAAGCCAUAUGUGUGUCCAGUUCAGGGCUGUCACAAAGCAUACUCCAACUCCAGCGACCGUUUUAAGCAUGUGCGCACACACCAGGAGGAGAAGCCGUAUGUGUGUAAGAUGCCAGGAUGUCAUAAGAGCUACACUGACCCAAGCUCGUUAAGGAAACACGUGCGGACAAUUGGACACCAUUUCCGUGGUGAUGGAUCAGUAACGCCAAAGUUGCAGCGGAGUUCUCCCCCUUCCCCAGUGCCUACUCCUCCGAUUACAGUCAACAAUCUCAUCAAUCUUACGCCUUCCAGUGGAAUGCUGGGAAGUCUUUCCCCCCAUUUCCUGCCUCUAUCACCCAAUCUUUUCCCCGUGUCAUCUCUUCAUUCAUUGUUCUCACCACCUGUCUUAUCCUCAUCUCAUUCAUCAUCAUCAUCAAGUAUCAGCAUACAAGCAAAUCAUUCAGGAAUAAUUGUGUCAGACUCACGAUCCAUCCAUUCUGAAAAAACUGAUAGUCCCGUUGAUAUAAAGACUACCUUACCUUCUCCAAGAUGCCAAGAUGGUCCCCUCGACCUAUCAAGAAGUCCAUUACCUCAGCAAGCCAAAGACGAUGAAACAUCAGACAUGGACUAUGUCCAGGUUGACUGACAUAGAAGGGGAAUGCUUGGCCCUGAUUGUGUAUGAUAUAAAAUAUUUAUUUUUACCCAGAAUAUUCCGUUUCGUCACAUACAGAUAUGGGAACAUUUUAUCACCUUGUUUUCAUGUGUUGGUACAAAUACAGCAAAUGAUUUAAGGUAGGAAUAAGUCCUGAUUGUAUCAGCAACACCCUUGAUGUGUCUUUGGUCUGCUUUUAUUUUAUUUGAACAAAUUCAUUUUUUCUUUGUUUUAGAAGUUUCUACAUGCUGAUACCUUUUUUUCCCAUUUCUGGAAAAUCACUUUACUUUUUUCAUCACUUAUUUAGUGACAUUUUUUUAAAAGAGCAGGAACCAGAGAUAUCACAAUCUGUCUGCCCGCCACGUGAUUCCCAUUCUGAUUAAUAGUAAGCAACUGAUCAUUGGGAGAUGUAGACUUCAUAAACACAUCGGUAUGUCACUAUGAUAUUCUUGGUGAUGAGUUUGACAGUCGCCAUUUUGUCCUUGACCUUGUCUUUUGUUAUCACAAAAUGGAGUGGAAACUCAUCACUGGAAUGACCUUGGACAAAUCCCAUUUUGAAUGAGGCUAUCAGUCCAGGUAUUUUCUGUUCAUAAGUGAAACUGCUCGGUUGUCUAGUUGAAGCUAAGACCAUGUGUGUCUGGUGUGCCUACCUGGAUACCUAUAAAAUACAUUAAUGAUACUGAUACAUCUCCCAGACUGGAACAAUCAUUCUUUGUGGUCAGACAUAAGUGCUAUGUUUUAUUUAUUGUAUUUAACUCUCAUCUUUGUGAAGAUUGUUUGAACUGAUUAUAUUUAUGGUUAUGUUACAUUACUCAACAAAAUGCUCAUUUAGGCAUUUAACUGAAGUAAGACAUAUACUUAAGGGAGGUAACUCCUGCUUAUUCCAGGCAAUACUGACAGGUGAAAGGCAGUAUUGGGAUUUAUCAGAGACGAUUAUAAUCCUGUGUCACUGUCUAGGUGGACAGGAUGGGAUGCAGGUAUGUGGAAUGUGUACUUCAGUGAGCGGCAUUCCGUUAUCUGCAUGGGCAGAAGUCUUGUUAGUCUUUGUUUUGUUCAUUUAUUAUCUUGUGUUCUUGUUUUGCUGUUUAUUAACAAACAUUCUGCUCCAUUUAAGAAUGUAUAUACUUUUUAAGGUGAAGUGUUUUGAAGUAGGUGUAUAGGUGUACACUACCAAUUUAGUUAUUUUGGAAGGUUUUUAGUUGAAACUGAAACUUGAAGUGUGCUUAUUAGUGCUACCAGUUUAAUAUGAACUAUAAUCAAAUAAAUUCCACAGGUUGUGCUACAGAGGUUUGUGAUUUCAGUUUUAUGAAAGAAAUUUCAAAUUGGGGACUAGUCAUUUCUUACAGGAGUGGAGGCUAACUGUCAGAGAUGAUUAAUUUUUAUUGAGACUUGCAUCCCCAUUGAUUUGCUUACCUGUAGAAUAAGUGACUGGUCUUGUUGAUCUUCUCACCUGUACAAUAAAGUAUUGGUCUUUUUGAUCUACUCUCCUGUACAAUAACAUAUGGUCUCUUUGAUCUACUCACCUGUAGAAUAAGUCUCUUUGAUCUUACAUGGGCUGCAGGUUAAAGCCGAGGUCAUGCUAGAUGUCUCAGUCAGAGAGGGAUCCAUUUAAAUGUGCGUGCUCAGAUCUGCAUUACUUUUCUGAACUGUGAUUCUGCAUAUUGUGAUAGAGAAACUUGUUUGUCCAGUAGCCUUUUUUUAUUAAUUUAUGACCUCAAAGAAUGUUUUAUUUAACAAAAAUUCAAGAUGCAUGGUACAAAAUAUCCCAGCAUGUAUGUCAACAUACAUGGCCAUGGCUUGGAGACUUGUUCCUAUCUGUCAUUGCCCGGUGUCAUUUGUUUUCCAAUCGUGGAUACAAAAUAAAUGCUAAUAAUUUGAUUUUUAUACAAUAAUUGUUUCUGUUUAUGCAUCAAUUAAUUUAUAUUUGUGUUGGGAAACAUGCCUACAAAUGAUUCUGUUUAUUUUUUAAGUAUGGUAACUUCUUGACUGGUACGUUUAAAAAAGUUAAGGUGCUACCUUACCCAUCUGAAUCUGUGUGUACAAUUGGAAGCUUGAUUUUGCACAUUCAGUGGAUUUUCGGUGCCAUCGUUUGACUUGAGUAAAUCAAGUCUUUUGUUCCGAUUUCUUUAGUUACCAUAUGUAUAUAAUCAAGUUAUCUACCUUUUCAUUAAUACUGACAAAUUACGGAUUGAUGACUCUCAGGGAAUUAGAUCACAUGAUAACCAUUGUAAGUUUACCUCAACUAUCAAGCAUAAUUUAUCAAUUCAUAUUGCCAGAGCUGAAGUACUGGAAGUCUACUUGCUUCGCCCUUGAAUGUGGAAGCAAGGUUAACCAGUCUUCUAUUAUUAUGCAGAGUUGCAUCCCUUCUGCAUGCCAGGAACCUAUGGUAGUAGAGCAUGUGAUGAUUUGUUCCCCAUUAUGUUUCUAAGUUUGUCGGGGAGGUGGGUUAGCCUAAUGGUUAAAGCGUUUGUUCGACACGCUGAACUCCCGGGUUCGAUU